AUGCAUCGCUCUACUACUCUCUUUGCUCUAGGAGCACUCAGCUCAACCGCCACGGCCGCUUGGUUGAAGUCACAUCAAGAAGCAUCUUGGGAACCACCCCGACAGACAGACGCUUAUGGUCCAGAAGCAGGAGAACAACACCAGAUCGCCAUGGGAUGGUCACCCGUACCAACCGAUGCACCUAAGCUUGCCGGUGCUAUGGAUAUGAAUUUUGCCCUUGGCAAACGAUCUCUGGGAGCCGACACAUGCGCGUUCAACGUAAUUGGAAGCUCCUUCACGUGUAUCAACAGUCUGUCGGCCACUUGCAGUUAUUCCGAUGGGUUUGUAGGCUGUUGUGAAACUGGGAGGACUUGCAACUCCGUCAAAACAGCAUGCAUCCCUUAUACUCUAUCCGUCGAAUCUUGUCAAUCUUUGACGGAUGCCCAUACUGUCUGCUGUGAUAGAAAAGCUCCUAGUUGUUUGACGCUGGCUGGCAAAACAAAUGGCGAUGAUUACACUUUGUUUGUGUGUGACACCACUUCUGGUAGCUCGCCGCUUCUCUUUUCCGAUCCUUUGGCUUUCAGUUCGACAACAACAAGCGACGAUUCAUCCGUCACCGAGAAUCCCUCUACGACAACCGACGACGGAUCGUCCACAACGACCAGUGCUGCGGCAACCUCCACAAGUGCUGAUAAUGGUGGUGGCGGCAGCAGUACCAACGUUGGCGCCAUUGCUGGUGGUGUUGUCGGUGGUGUCGCUGCUCUCGCCCUCGUUGGCCUCGCUGGUUUUCUUCUGUUCCGCCGCCGCAACAAGACAACUCCUGCUGCUGCUGCUGCUGCUACACCCGGCGAUGGGCCCAGCUUCGUACCCUCAUCACCUUCCAACGCCGCCUACCCCUCUGGAGUCCCCUCAAACUACCAGGGUGGCUACCAGCAGGCAUACGACCCCUCAUUGGCAGCUCCCUACGGUCAACCCCAAGGAUACCAACAGCCUGGAUAUAGCGGCUACUCUCCCCAGCCCCAGAACUUCCAGGGCCAGUACCCUCAGCAAACACAGUAUCCUUCUCAGUAUGGUGUCGGCGGCUACGGAGCUCCAUCCGCAUCACCCCCUCCUCAUUUCACACCCAGCCCGGGUCCCAACAAGGACGGCCCCGAGGGAGCCCCUCAACAGCAUGUUCAGGAACUACCUGCUGUCCAACCUUUGGGAAAUGAGGGCAACAGAGCUGAGCUGAGCUAG